GCAUCGUGCAUAACUGAUUGGAUAGCCAGACCUGUCCUCUUGACCGAAACGUAUUUCAUCAGUUAGUUCCUGAAGGUCAGUCAUAGAUCUGACUUUGUUGUGUAGCGUUAUAUAAAGCCAAGCGUCCACUUUUUUAAAGGUUGAUAAUACUAAAAUCUACCUGCUUCGGUGUCGUUUCUUUGUCAUAGGUUGAUCAUGGACAAGAUGCAUUGCUCCACUAAGGCAGACGGUGAACCCGAUGGCGCCUACAUUGCUGCCGUUGGGUUUAAAACCGGGGCCGACAACUACGAGAAGGGAAGGCCAAGCUACACCGCCGAGGCGGUCGACUACGUUGUCUCCGAGGUGGCUGCUGUUGCAAAAUCUCGACCGGAGUCGACUGGUACCACCAAGUAUAACGUGGUCGAACUGGGCGCCGGAACGGGCAAGCUCACGGAAGUCUUGUGCAAGAAGCUGCCGGAAUCCUGUCGCUACUUGGCUCUCGAGCCCUCUCAGGAGUUUCACGACACCAUGGCUGCGAAAAACCUGGGAGUGGACACCGUUGUAGGGGAUGCCGGCGCCAUUCCUGUGGAAGAUGGCUCAGCAGAGAACGUCGUGUGCGCUCAAAGCUUUCACUGGUUCGCUGAUAAAGAAUAUCUGGAAGAAAUUCGCCGGGUUCUGGUUCCGGGCGGGAGACUCAUGAUUGUCAUGAAUUGGAAGCUGUUUGAACGCGACUGGAUGAAGCCGAUUUACGAGCAGCGCAAGAAGGUUUACGCACGUACGGGCAGCUCGUUGAAAUUUCUCAUCAACAGUAAGCAAUGGCAGCGAGACAUCAAGGACUCGCCGUUGUUCUCCUUUAAAGAACAUCUCUCCCUGCCCGGGAUUGAGUUCAGAGGCGAUGUGGAGAAGAUUCUGCAAAACCUGACCACAACCUCUGCUUAUAACAUGUUGCCCAAGGAAGAACAGGAAGCCUAUCUUAAUGAGCUGAGGCAGAUUCUUCGAUCUUGGCCUGGUUUAGACCUCAACGACUUGUCUAUUCCGUUUUCCAGCGAAAUUUACACCUACAUAGCUCAAUAACCUGCUGGUUUGAUUGAUAUAAUGCACUGGACACGCGUUUGUAAGCCGUAGUAUUGAGUUAUAAUAUCAUGUUUGUUUCAUGUCUGAACAAAUUUGAAAGAGCGAGUUCGGUUCUUUGUGUAACCUUUGUUUUUGUUGGUUUGCUUUGUUUUUCUUUUUCUUUUUGAUUUUGAUUCAGUUGAACCCGUUUUGUAUUAUUGAAUUAUACAUAGAAUAAUGGCGAAAACCCUUACCUUUCCCUUAAAACCGGUGAAUUGUUUUUCUCACCAUCCCUGAAAUAGUGUCCCUUCGCCUUGUGUCCUGCCCCUGAACUUAUUGUCGUAUAUUCGUAAAGAAUGACUUGCAUUGUGUUUAGUAGGACAUAAGACAACAAAUGCAAAACCGAAUUGAGUUAUGUAUUCAGUGUACACCACAGGGAGAUGAACGCUAUAUAUACAUGUACGAGCAGUACAGUGAGGACAAAGCCGAGAAACCUCUUUGACUCUUAUGUUAUGACUGUGGCCGACGUUAGUCCGCUCUCUGUUCAUCUCAGUUGCGUGAAAGGACUGCCAAACGUUUGUUUUAAGAACUGAGGAGGAAGGGAAGCGGCGUCAGAAAACGCGACGGACACUUUUCUUUAUAUUUAAUAUGUUUGUUCUGACGAAGUCGCAAGGACGUCACCGUCGCAACAUCAGAGGCUACGGAAUGAUGAAAACUGUCGCAACUCUGGGGUUAAUUCCCCUGGAUGCUCUCUCGGAACUCUGCUACAUGUACUUCCCCUUGAAACACGGUCACAACUCUGGAGUCAUUUCCCCUUGAUGCACCUGUGGCACCUGUGAUUGGUGGCUGCUCCUGAGUGGUUUGCGUCCACUAGUCUUGUCAGUGUUGAUAUAUCGUCAUCGUCUUUUCCUGACGAAAGGUGGCCGUCACCGUCAAGAAUCGCUGUAAACUACAACACUAUGAACUUUUGCCUUGACAGACGAUCAUUAAAUAGAAUGCAUCAUACUGCUUUGACUGGGAAGUAGACAAUUAAGUGGAUUGUCCGACUACUACUUCCCUCCCCUUGGAUCUUGAAUUCCUUUAUAUGCUCCAAAGGAGAGACAUCGUCAAUAUGUUUGGAAUCGUUGAAGGUGUUUAUAAGUGUACAUCUUGCUAUUUUACAGGAGUGAUAAAGGGAUUUUUUCAAGUAGGGACAUUUUGAAAGUUGACUUUUGUCCUGGUGGAGGCCUAAAAGUCUGCUCUUCUACGAUUUUUCAACCACCAAGGGAGCUUUAAAGUGCGCACCGUGCACACGGGACCUUCGAGAUUUUCGUCCUUAUCCGAGAACACGAGGUAGUUCUACUUACUUACCUUAAGAUCUGGCGUGUGGAAGAAGAAGAUUGAAUUUUAUGACUUGUUUUGUUUGUGCUAAAUUGAGAAAAAGAACAGAUUAAACAAAGAAGAGAAAGAGGGGAGGAAGAAGAAGAAGAAGAAGAAGAAGAAGAAGAAGAAGAAGAAG